AUGGCCGUAACCCUCAUCUUCGAAGAGAAGUCGGUGCUCUUCGGGUGGACGGAGGGGACUGCAGCCAAAGAGUUCGGAACACAGCUGCGUUCAGCCGUUCAACAUCUGACAGGCCUCUCUUCCCUCGCCGAGCUGGAAAUCCUGGCAGAAGCGGACCCCCCGGUGCGCAUCACGCCGCGUGAUAUUUUUGAGCGGCGAUACCCCGAAGCGGCUCAACAUCGAUUUCGCAUCGCCUGUCGAGCAGAGCUUGCAAGUGAAUCCGUGCCCAAGGGCGGAUAUUCGUCGUCAGCCGAGGCCUCACCCGGCCCAGGAGGCUCUUCGCCAGAGCCAAAGGCAGAGAAGCUCUUGCUGCCGCCGCAGCGGAAAUGCCCCAGCGGCGCCAAGUUUCAGAAGGCCGGCGGAAGCCAGCUCCAAUUCCUGCAGAUGCUGGAGGGAAACAAAAACCCGAAGGCACAGCUGGAAGAAGGUACAGUGCUCACCGCCGAAGAAGUGGCAAGGCACAACCAAGCCGCAGACUGUUGGACCAUUUUUCAGGGCCGUGUCUACGAUAUUUCUGCCUACAUUGACUUUCAUCCUGGUGGCAAAAAGCAGAUCAUGCAGGGGGCCGGGAAGGACAUGACUAGCCUCUUCCACAAGGCACACCCAUGGGUCAGUAUGGAAGGGCUGGUCGGCAAGCUGUGCCUUGGGCCGCUUGUUGCAAAGCCACCGAUGGCGAAGAGCCAGCCAACGGUCGCGAAGGCCACUCCCACCUACUACAAUGCCGUCACUGAGGCGGUAUCCCUGUAG